UGGCGGCAAGAGUCAUGAUCGCGUUGAACGAGCGAUUUGGGCGUUCGUAAAUCUUCAGUUUUCCGAUCAAUUUCAGACCAACCCACCGAUUCUCAGCUUCAGUUUUCCGACCAAUUCCAGAGCCAGGUUUGCUCUGCUUGCGUUGACUUUUUUUUUCUUGUUUCCUCAAUCUGUUCAAUUUCCAAUUGAAAGAGGGAUUAGGGUUUGUAUAUAUAAAAACCAAUACUUGAUUGCCAUAACUGUGUAUUCAUUCUAUUGUUUUUGAAUCUAUGGUGAAAUCGGAACUCGAGAAGAGCGGAGGAGGUGGAGGAUUACAUGUUCGCGGGACGGAGAGGGUUGUUUUCAGGCCGCCGGAGAAGAAGAAGAAAUUAGGGUUUGAUGGAGGUGUCAGGAGAUAUAAGGGUAGGUAUGAUGAUGGGGAUGGUAGUGAAAGAAGAGAUUACAGAGAUGGUGGUGGUGGUAGUAGGAGUAGGGUGAGAGGAAGAUAUGAGGAAGAUGGAUAUGGUGGAGAUUAUGGAAGAAAGAAGAGUAGAUAUGAAGGUUCGAAGAGGGGAGCUCAAUCUGUUGCUUCUGCCUGGGAUUGUAUCUCUUACUCUCCGGUUCAGAUACGGGCUUCUGGACAGUCAGUCAAGUCUUCGGGUUCGGGACGUGGUGGGAGUUCUCAUCAGCUUGAUAGUACGCUAGGAGAAAAGGGUGAUUCGGUUGAAGGGAGAUAUGAGAUUAGUGAGACCAUGCGUUUAGAGAUGGAAUAUGAUUGUGACCGUGCGUGGUAUGAUAGAGAAGAAGGUAGCACAGCGGUUGAUACCACUGAUAGUUCAUCUUUGUUUUAUGGGGAUGAUGUUUUUUGUCGAAAGAAGGAAGCGGAGUUGGCGAAGAGAUUGGUUCGGAGAGAUGGAACUAAGAUGAGCCUUGCUCAGAGCAAAAGGUUGUCUCAGCGCAGUGCGGAUAAUGCUCAGUGGGAGGAUCGUCAGCUUCUGCGAUCUGGUGCUGUUAGAGGUACUGAGGUGCAGAGUGAGAUUGAUGAUGAAGAUGAGAACAAAGUUAUGCUUCUUGUUCAUGAUACAAGGCCUCCUUUCCUAGAUGGGAGAGUUGUUUUUACCAAGCAAGCGGAGCCGGUUAUGCCAGUAAAGGAUCCCACGUCUGAUAUGGCCAUAAUUUCACGCAAAGGGUCUGCUCUAGUUAGGGAAAUCCAUCAAAAGCGAAGUUCGAAUAAAUCACGUCAACGUUUUUGGGAGCUUGCAGGUUCCAAACUUGGUGAUAUUCUUGGUGUUGAGAAAACAGCAGAGCAUAUUGAUGCAGAUACUGCUGUAGUAGGUAAAGACGGUGAAGUUGAUUUCAAAGAAGAUGCAAAGUUUGCUCAGCAUAUGAAGAAUGGGGAGGCUGUGAGUGAAUUCACAAAGUCAAAAACCAUUUCUGAACAACGCCAGUAUCUGCCUAUAUAUUCUGUGCGGGAUGAGUUACUGCAGAAAAUUCGAGAAAAUCAGGUUAUUAUAGUUGUUGGAGAAACUGGUUCUGGAAAGACAACUCAACUGACACAAUAUCUGCAUGAAGAUGGUUACACUGUGAACGGUAUAGUCGGUUGCACCCAGCCAAGGCGUGUGGCAGCCAUGAGUGUUGCUAAAAGAGUUAGUGAAGAGAUGGAGACUGAGCUUGGUGAGAAAGUUGGCUAUGCUAUUCGUUUUGAGGAUGUGACGGGGCCAAAAACUGUAAUAAAGUACAUGACCGAUGGAGUACUUAUGCGUGAAACACUUAGAGAUUCUGACCUUGACAAGUACCGCGUAGUUGUAAUGGAUGAAGCCCAUGAGAGGUCACUAUAUACAGAUGUGCUGUUUGGGAUUUUGAAAAAAGUCGUUGCCCAGCGUCGUGAUUUUAAGCUCAUUGUGACAUCUGCUACUCUUAAUGCUCAGAAAUUUGCAGAUUUCUUUGGAGGUGCACCUAUUUUUCCCAUUCCUGGAAGAACAUUUCCUGUACAUAAGAAGUACUUGGAUACCCCAUGUGAAGAUUAUGUUGAAGCUGCAGUGACACAGGCCAUGAAAAUUCACAUUACCAGCCCUCCAGGUGAUAUCCUCAUCUUCAUGACCGGCCAAGAAGAGAUUGAAGCAGCCUGUUACUCUCUUGCAGAGCGAAUGGAACAACUUAUCUCCUCCUCAAAGAAAGAGAUGUCAAAACUCUUGAUACUCCCUAUGUAUUCACAGCUGCCAGCUGACUUGCAAGCAAAGAUAUUCCAAAGGUCUAAAGAUGGGACUCGUAAAUGCAUUAUAGCAACAAAUAUUGCUGAGACAUCUUUGACCGUAGAUGGUAUAUUUUAUGUCAUUGACACUGGCUAUGGUAAAAUGAAAGUAUACAACCCUAGGAUGGGUAUGGAUGCUCUUCAAGUAUUUCCUAGUAGUCGUGCUGCUGCUGACCAACGUGCUGGGCGUGCUGGUAGAACUGGGCCUGGAACAUGUUAUCGGUUGUACACAGAGAGUGCCUACCUAAAUGAAAUGCUGGCCAGUCCUGUACCAGAGAUCCAGAGGACGAACCUUGGCUACGUGGUCUUGUUGCUCAAGUCUCUGAAAGUUGAUAACUUGCUUGAUUUUGAUUUCAUGGACCCACCUCCCCAGGAAAAUAUUCUCAAUUCUAUGUACCAGCUGUGGGUCUUGGGUGCUCUCGACAAUGUGGGAGGUUUGACUGCCUUAGGCUGGAAAAUGGUAGAGUUCCCAUUGGACCCUCCACUUGCGAAGAUGUUGUUGAUGGGUGAAGAGUUAGGAUGCGUAGAUGAAAUUUUGACAAUUGUAUCCAUGCUUUCAGUGCCAUCAGUAUUCUUUAGGCCCAAAGAUAGGGCAGAGGAGAGUGAUGCUGCUCGGGAAAAAUUUUCAGUCCCAGAGUCCGAUCACCUGACAUUCUAUAAUGUUUAUCAACAGUGGAAACAACAUCAGUAUCGGGGGGACUGGUGCAGUGACCAUUUUUUGCAUGUUAAGGGGUUACAAAAGGCUAGAGAGGUUAGGUCCCAGCUGCUAGAGAUUCUGAAGACAUUGAAAAUUCCACUGACAUCUUGUUGGCCUGAUACUGACGUUGUGAGAAAAGCUAUUUGCUCUGCAUACUUUCAAAAUGCUGCAAAGUUUAAGGGUGUGGGGGAGUAUGUUAAUUGCCGGACUGGGAUGCCAUGCCAUUUACACCCGAGCAGUGCUCUUUAUGGUAUGGGCUGCACCCCUGAGUAUGUGGUUUAUCAUGAACAGAUUCUGACAACAAAGGAGUACAUGCAGUGUGUAACAGCAGUGGAGCCGCAGUGGUUGGCUGAUUGGGGACCCAUGUUCUUUUCUGUAAAGGAGUCGGAUACAUCAGUGUUGCAGAAUAAGAAGAGACAGCAGGAAGAAAAAACAGCUAUGGAGGAGGAAAUGGAGAAACUGAGAAAGGCUCAAGCACGGGCAGAGGCAGAAAGCAAGCAGAGGGAGAGGGAAAAGAGGUCUAAACAGCAGCAGCAGCAGCAGCAAGUCUCAUUGGCGGGUUUGCACCAGGGCUCUUCUGCAUAUCUGAGGCCCAAGAAACUCGGCUUGUAAAUGUACUUUUUAGUUAUUGGAUCCUGAUUCCUAAAAGCACAAGUUGUAAAUAGUUGGGAAAAAGAAAAUUUCUUUAUUUGCCAUUGAAAUCUUCCUUUGCCUGUUCUGUUUGUGGAAAUAACAGAUUGCACCCUGCAAAAUGGGUGAAUAAGCAAAUACUAGUUUUGUGUGUGUAA